GACACUUCCCGUGAGCUAAACUCACCCACGUCGUUUUUCCUUUCAACAAAAUUACCGUUUUGUAAAAUUGUGUAUGCACGAAAUGUGAAAAUUACAAUAAAAUGGCUGACAAAGUAGCAGUGGAAAAUUUGCAAGAAUAUUACAAACCUCUGAAAAAGGACGGCAGACUUUACAUAGUUCUGUUCUUAACAAUAAUGCCAGGAUUGUGUUUCAUGUCUGUAAAAUUACACGUUAUAAAGCUCGCAGCCAAAGACACCCUCAGAUGCGAAAUCGAGAGCCUCGAGAACGCUUCGUGGAGCCCCCAAGACAUAAAAAAAAUAUCAGAGCCUGUUGCGGCUAACCAAAAAUGCUACAUUUACAACUACGACUAUCACAAAUUCGCUUCGCUGACUUUGAAAGAAACGGAACAAGUGAUCGAUGAAGAGUUUCCAAAUAGCGAAAAAAUGAUUUGUCCUAGAUUUAUAAUAACUAAAAAUAGUAAACUAAUGCCUCAGAGUUACGCGGAAGAGUUUGCUUCUUAUUGUGAAAGUUUGCGAGACGACAUUUUUUACGAGAUGGGAGCUGUGAUACCGUAUAUCUUAAGUUGUUUAUUUGUUGUUCCACUUGCCGACAUAUUUGGGCGAAAAAGCGUUUUGAAGAUCGGGUGUCAACUGAUGUUGUUUGCCGUUUUCAUGAAAAUAAUUUUAUUAAAUUAUAUUAGAGAGACAAUUGGUCUAGCGAUACUGCAUGUCGCUUAUCCAUGUCUGAAAUAUACAACGGAAUCUUUAGUGAUUGAAACAACGUCAGACAAAAUUCGACCUUUCGGCUUCAUGGUAAGAUACAUAGGAAAAUAUAUUCCACCACUCUUCGUGGUUGUCUUGCCACGACCAUCAUCCAUCUACUGGAAAUACAUGCAACUUAUCAAAUACAGUGUUGUGUUAGUUUUACCCUUGAUGCCUUGGUUCUUUCCGGAAUCCGUGGCAUGGUUUGCUUCCAGAAAAGAAAAUAAACUAGCGCAUUUCGUUGGGCAAACUUUAGAAUCUCCCGCUAAACACAGCGAGGUGCUUUUUCGGCUACAAAAUAGAAGACGGAGUUUUCAAGGUGUCAAGAAGCUCUUGCGGGAAUUUCUACAGAUAAACACACCAGAGAUAGUUUUUAUUAACGUGGUUGCCUUUACUGUGGGUUUUUCGUCACUUUGUGUCCACACCAAGCACAAGUUAUGGUAUUAUAACCUGGAUGUCGCUUGGGUGACAUUUCUAAAUAUUUUUGGUGGAAUCGUCGGAUUUUUUCUCACUCUGUUUUUUAUUUAUUUCAUGAAUGUUGGUAAAUUUGUGAUAGCUGGACUGUUUCUUAUUAACGGAGUUUUGUAUUCGCUUUUGGCAAAAUUUCAAUCGGAUUUUGAGAGUACCAUAAUUAUAACAUUCUUUUUGGACAUUUCUUCGACAAUUUUGCUAAUUCUGUUUGAAUUUUAUCUUCACCGCAUAUUUCCGACCAGCCAUAGAUGUUUGUGUACCGCAUGGUGUGGUGCUUGUCAAAUUUUUGGGUUGCUGAUGUUUCUUUGUGUCAAGGAAGUGCACUUAUUGGGAAGUCAAAUUCUGGCCAGCACCAUGUGUAUGCUUGGUUGCAUACUUACCAUACUUAUGGUAAAAAAUUUUCCCUCCACAAAGCCCCCAUUUUUAAAUUUCGUUGAUGCCGAGUUGGAACUAAUACAGAAGCGCCGAAAAAUUUGUUGUUUGGUGAUUUAGACAAA